CCUCUUAUGCCUUCUCCACCCAUGUACUAAUACGUCGUACCCUCAUCCGCGAUUCUUGCAGGACACAAAACUCUGGCGUCGUCCCUAUCCACGUCGGUCUCUUCCCCGGAGACAAGAUUUACAUGUCCGAGCGAGUCCACUAUUACACCGCCGACGCUGGCCAAGGGUGGACCAACGACCAGCUCAAGGCGCUCGCAUCCAUGCCCGUCUCGCAAUGGUACAACGGAAACCCCAACUUUGCAAACACGACCUUCUUCACCGACGCUGCCGAAUUCAACGGCAAUACCGGCAAAUACAUCCCUAUUGACCGUGGGUUCCACAACAACUCGGCCCUGGGACAAUUCCAUGGUUAUGCCUUCUGUGGUGGUCAUACCCAGCUUGCUAACGGCAGUUACUUGGUUGUCGGUGGGGACGAGUUCUGGGACAAACCUUGGAGAGGCCAGAACUACACUUCCAACGGACGAUCUGACAUUCGUGUCGCCCUCGCUUCCACUGAUACCACCGGCCCGCAAUUGAUCCGCGUUGCUGACAUGUACAGGGAUCCCGCCCUCCAGCCCUCUACCCCGGGAGGCUCGACCUACAAGCUCUGGGGUCGUUGGUACCCUUCCGUGAUCACUCUUCCUAGCGAAGAGGCUAUGAUCAUUGGCGGACAGCACUACUACUUCGACCCUGAACAUCCCGAGGCGGAUAACCCUACCUUCGAAAUGUGGUCCCCUGUCACGGGUCCAAUGGGUGCUAGCAAGCGCAUCGAACUUCUCGCAAGGCACUUCCCCAUCAACAUGUACCCCGUCGCUUACGUCCUGCCGAAAUCAGGAAACAUUUGGAUUCACUCUCAGUACGAAUCCGUUAUCGUUGACCCCAAGACCGGGACGGAGACGCCCGACGUUGUAUUGGACUUGACGAAGGCGAACGGCCUCUUACCGCGUACUUUCCCCUUCUCCGGAACUAACUUUGUGCCCAUGUUGUCUUAUCGUGAUGACUACCGUAUGGAAUCGUGGUUGUGUGGUGGUGUUAACGGCACCUCCCCUGACGGCACACCGACCCCACGUAUGAACAACGGUAAAGAUGCCUGGUCCAACUGCCCCAACUGCGACCCCGUCAAAGUUUGCCACUGGGUCCAACUUGAAACUGCCGGCGCCAAAUUCACCGCUGAAGACAUGCCCAUCGCCCGCUCUCAACCCGCCGCCGUCAACCUGCCCGACGGCACAAUCGCCAUCCUCUCGGGCUCCGGGAAGGGGCACCAGGGCGGUGUCUAUGGGCAGCCCGUCGCGUCUCACGGUGUCCUCGAGGCUGUUAUUUUCGACCCCUCUGAGCCCGCUGGUCCUAACAGCAAGAGAUGGAGGGUGGGGGCCCCUGCGCCGGUUGGAAGGCAUUACCAUAACACCGCCCUUUUGAGGGAGGAUGGAACGAUCUUCACUGGAGGAGGUGACUCGCAGAAUGGAGACAGCUUUACCACCAUUCGUCCUGAUGAGAUGACAAUGGACGUGUACUAUCCUCCUUACACCUUCAUCCCCAACCGCCCCCAGCUCGCCCUUCCUCUAAACCCGGCCGCAGCAACCUACGGCCAAUCCCUCGUCCUCACCUUCACCACCGACAUUGCAUCCAGCAUCCAACAAGUUUCCAUUAUCCGCUACGCUUCCAUGACCCACACCGUCAAUCUCGACCAACGCCACAUCGAGUUGCCUAUACUCAAAUACGCGAAGAACAAGGUGCUUGUCAAGUUGCCCGCGUCUGCGAACAUUGCGCAGCCGGGUAACUGGAUGGUUUGGGCUGUCGACUCUCGCGGUGCCCCCGUGCAGAAGGCGGGGACGAUCAACCUCCGCGCUUCCAACACGGGCGCCGACGCUGCCUGGAACGAUGCGGAAACGAUCCCGUCCCCGACAUUCCCGGCCAAGGUCCGUGAUUCCAAGAUCAACGGCGUCAACGCCAACGCUGCGGUGAACACCGGGGCGGGAGGCUCGGCUGCGAAUGGGGGUGUGCCUGCUGGGAAUGCAACUGCUGCGGCUGGCAAGACGGAGGUCGCGAAGGGUGUGGGGGCUGUUGCGGCUAUGAUGGCGUUUGUUGCUGGAUGGGCUGUGUAAGAUGUGCUGUUGUAUAGACAUUGGUUUGUCUUUCUUUUGGACGGGCGGCAUAGCCGUCCUAGACAGUUUCUCCCUUUCCCAUUGACCUCUUUCUUUCC